AUGCCUGUCGUAAAUGUCGACGAUCUAGUUCGUCUGCAGCGGAAACCUGACGACAUUCGAAAUAUCUGCAUUCUCGCCCACGUUGAUCAUGGGAAAACCUCAUUAACCGAUGGGCUGAUAGCCACCAACGGCAUUAUCUCGCCCAAGCUAGCGGGUAAGAUCCGCUACUUGGACUCUCGUCCCGAUGAGCAGCUUCGAGGUAUCACCAUGGAGUCUUCGGCGAUUUCAUUGUUCUUUUCGAUGCUCCGGCGUCCGGCACCGGACGCCGCUCCGGAGCCCAAGGAGUACCUGAUCAAUUUGAUCGACUCGCCAGGUCACAUUGAUUUCAGCAGUGAGGUCUCUACGGCCUCACGUCUCUGUGAUGGUGCAGUUGUCCUUGUUGAUGCUGUCGAGGGUGUAUGCAGUCAGACUGUCACUGUGCUCCGUCAGACAUGGGUUGAACAGCUAAAGCCAAUUCUGAUUAUUAACAAGAUGGAUCGGUUGGUGACUGAACUCAUGAUGAGCCCCAGUGAGGCAUUCUCGCAUCUCAGUAGGCUUUUGGAACAAGUCAAUGCUGUUAUUGGUAGUUUCUAUCAAGGUGAGCGUAUGGAGGACGAUAUGAAGUGGCGGGAGCGCAUGGAAGACCGCGUGAAUGUCUCCGCUACCAAGCUCAAGAAGGCACACUUGGAUGAUGAAUCUGUUCCAAGUAUCAGUGAUGCUACAGAGUUUGAGGAACGUGAUGACGAGGACCUCUACUUUGCUCCGGAGAAGAACAAUGUCAUCUUCUGCAGUGCUGUCGAUGGAUGGGCCUUCACGGUUCGUCAAUUCGCUGCGAUUUAUGAAAAGAAACUUGGUAUCAAGCGUACGGUACUUGAAAAAGUGCUUUGGGGUGACUUCUACCUUGACCCCAAGACGAAGAGAGUGCUGGGCUCGAAACACUUGAAGGGCCGAGCUUUAAAACCUAUGUUUGUGCAGUUGGUCCUAGACAGCAUUUGGGCUGCCUAUGCGGCGACAACUGGUGGUGACAAAGGAAAAGGUGACCCUGUUCUUUUGGAGAAAAUCACCAAGUCCUUGAACAUCAACAUCCCGCCUUACAUCCUGCGCGGCCGUGACCCAAGAAAUAUUAUGACCACCCUAUUCUCAGCAUGGCUUCCUCUCUCAACUGCAGUCCUGGUUUCGGUCAUCGAAUAUCUUCCGAGCCCCCAAGUCGCGCAAUCUGCUCGUUUGCCCGACAUGAUUAAAGCGUCACCGGGCUCAGACCACAUCUCGGAAGAGGUCAAGCAAGCUAUGGUGAGCUUCAAGACAGGUCCAGAGGAGCCCGUUGUUGCGUAUGUCAGUAAGAUGGUUGCCAUCCCUGAGAGCGAGUUGACUGCAAGCAAGAAGCGUAGCGGCAAUACAAUGACCGCCGAGGAAGCUCGAGAAAUCGCUCGUCGUAAGCGAGAGGAGAUUGCAAAGAUGCACGCAGAAGCCGAUGCUGCAGGACGUGGGGACGAUUUCGCCCAGAUGACAUCAGCGUUUCAGAACGUCACUUUGAUUAGAGAGGAGGAGGAACCAGAGGAAGUCGUGGGUGAGGAGGAAGAUCCGGACCAUCUCAUCGGAUUUGCCCGUCUUUACUCUGGAACCCUUUCAGUCGGUGACUCCAUCUAUGUGCUGCCACCAAAGUUCUCCCCAGCGAACCCGCAUGCCAGCCCAGAGCCCAAGAAGGUCACGGUCACAGACUUGUACCUCCUUAUGGGCAGAAGUCUCGAGCCGCUCCAGUCAGUUCCUGCUGGUGUGGUCUUUGGUAUUGGAGGCCUGGCAGGCCAUGUGCUCAAGACAGGUACCCUCUGCAGCCAGCUCGAGGGAAGUAUUAACUUGGCAGGUGUCUCGCUCAACAUCCCACCGAUUGUCCGCGUUGCCUUGGAGCCGGUCAACCCUGCUGAUCUAGGUAAAAUGGUCACUGGCCUGCGUCUUCUCGAGCAGAGUGAUCCCUGCGCUCAGUACGAGGUUCUUCCUAGCGGUGAGCAUGUCAUUCUCACUGCUGGUGAGCUGCAUCUCGAGCGUUGCGUUAAGGACCUUCGUGAACGCUUUGCAAAAUGCGAAAUCCAAACCGGUGAGGCCAUUGUUCCCUACCGGGAAACCAUAGUCAGUGCCUCAGAGAUGGCACCGCCGAAGAACUCUGAACUGGGUCGUGGAGGCGUUCUGGCAGUGUCUCCCUCCAAACAAAUGACACUUCGUCUGCGUGUUGUGCCUCUGCCAGAGGCAGUGACUGAAUUCCUCACAAAGCAAGUAGGAACCGUCAAGCGUCUUCAGUCAGAGAAACGCGCCGAAGCCAAAUCAGACGAGCCAGCAACCGAGAACGGCCAGGAGGCAACAAUCGAUGCAGCCGAUGAAGCCCAGGAAGGAAGUAUCCUUUCUCUGCCCGAGUUCCGAGAGGAGCUAAGCAAGGUGUUCGAAAAGGAAGUCAAAGAAGACAAGGAACUAUGGAAGAACGUCGUCGACAGAAUCACUGCGUUCGGACCCCGCAGAAUCGGGCCCAAUAUCCUUGUCGAUGCUACUGCCGUUAACACCUGCGAGAAAUUCCUGCUCGACGACCCGAAACAAAACACCAUUUCCCCGGAUAACCAGCAAGCGCUACUCGUGCGCGAUUUCAACGACAAGAUCGCAUACGCCUUCCAGCUCGCUACAGGCCAAGGACCCCUCUGUCAAGAACCAAUGCAGGGCGUAGCAGUCUUCCUAGAGGACCUCUCCGUUCACGCAGAAGGCGAGCUAGAUAUGGGCCGUUUAACCGGUGAUGCAAUCAGACUUGUUCGCGAAGGAAUCACAACAGGCUUCCUAGACUGGAGUCCUCGAAUCAUGCUUGCGAUGUACAGUUGCGAAAUCCAAGCAACGACUGAGGUCCUAGGUCGUGUCUACGGCGUAAUCACCCGCCGUCGCGGUCGUAUCCUUUCCGAAAUCAUGAAAGAAGGAACCCCCUUCUUCACCAUCCUAGCUAUUCUUCCCGUCGCUGAAUCCUUUGGCUUCGCCGAGGAAAUCCGGAAACGGACCUCCGGUGCUGCGCAGCCGCAAUUGAUCUUCUCGGGCUUCGAGGCUCUGGAUGAGGAUCCGUUCUGGGUUCCUGCUACAGAGGAGGAGCUGGAGGAUCUGGGUGAGCUUGCGGAUCGUGAGAAUGUGGCGAAGAGGUAUAUGGAUGCUGUACGGAAUCGGAAGGGUUUGGUUGUUCAGGGACGGAAGUUGAUUGAUGCUGAGAAGCAGAAGACUUUAAAGAAGUAG